CCUACAGAUCCAGAUGAUCCUCUUGCAGAUCAGAACAUUAAAGAUCGCUACUAUGGUAUAAAUGAUCCUGUGGCUGACAAGCUCCUCAAGCGAGCUUCUACAAUGCCUCGUCUGGACCCCCCUGAUGACAAGACAAUUACCACACUGUAUGUCGGUGGUCUGGGCGAUACUAUCACUGAGUCUGACCUUAGGAAUCACUUCUAUCAGUUUGGUGAGAUUCGGACAAUAACAGUGGUCCAGAGGCAGCAGUGUGCAUUUAUCCAGUUUGCUACCCGACAAGCUGCUGAAGUAGCAGCAGAAAAAUCCUUCAACAAACUCAUUGUGAAUGGCCGUAGGCUUAAUGUGAAGUGGGGCAGAUCUCAAGCAGCGAGGGGGAAAGAGAAGGAACGAGAAGGGAUUACAGAAUCUGGUCUAAAACUGGAACCAGUUCCUGGUCUACCUGGAGCUCUUCCACCUCCUCCUGCAGCAGACGAGGAAGCGGCUUCUGCAAACUAUUUCAAUCUAUCUCCUAGUGGCCCUCCAGCUGUUGUAAACAUUGCCCUUCCGCCACCUCCUGGCAUCGCGCCACCGCCACCCCCAGGAUUUGGGCCACACAUGUUCCAUGCGAUGGGACCUCCACCUCCUUUUAUGAGGGCUCCAGGCCCCAUACAUUAUCCUUCUCAAGAUCCACAAAGAAUGGGUGCACAUGCGGGAAAACACAGCAAUCCUUAACCCCACUGACUCCUUUCUUAUUUUUCUUUGGACAAGACAUUUAAAUUUGUGGCAUAUCACAUACAGUUACAAUAAAUCUCCCUCGUUUCUGUGCACCCAGCACAGAUUUAAUCUUAUUGUGUUUCACAGCAACAAAAACUGACCCCCUGUAUAAUAACCAAAAUUCUUAACUGGGGGGGGGGGAGGAAAGAGUGGUUUCUGUUUAAAAAGAAAAAAGAAAUAAAAGAAGAAGCAUAUCUAUGAAUUUUGUUUAAAAAAAAAUACAAUUUUGCUAGAGUUACAAGCACCAUAAAUUCCAUUUUGCACACCCUUGAUAAGUCUUUUGACUUAUUGUUAUUUUAAGUCUGCUUACCGCCAGCCAGUUAACAGUGGAAUUGACCCAAGCCUGUUCAGGUCUCGGUCACACCUUCACAGCUCAGUUACUCUUAUCACUGUUGAAAUUAGCUCCAGAUUCCUCCUUGCACUGAGCUGGACUGGCAUAACGUGGAAAGUCUCAGCAGACUCCCUUGAAGAUCAUGCAGAUGGUGUGCCACUUUGUAUCAAAGCUGUUUCUGUCAUUCAUGAUCCUGGCUGUAAUACAUGCUAUCAAAA